GCGGGGCGGCGCCGGCUGGCCGGCCGGGCUGUGCACCUGCGCCUCGGCGGGCCGCCUGGGGCACCGUCCCCGGCCCGCCAGGCCCCGCCAUGGCCAGGCCGCAGAGGACCCCAGCGCGCAGUCCCGAGACCAUCGUCGAGGUGAAGAGCAAAUUUGACGCUGAGUUCCGACGCUUCGCGUUGCCCCGCGCUUCAGUGAGCGGCUUCCAGGAGUUCUCGCGGUUGCUGCGUGCCGUGCACCAGAUCUCAGGCCUGGACGUGCUACUUGGGUAUACGGAUGCUCACGGUGACCUGCUGCCCCUCACCAACGACGACAGCCUGCACCGGGCCCUGGCCAGCGGGCCCCCGCCACUGCGCCUACUGGUGCAGAAGCGGGAAGCUGACUCCAGCGGCCUGGCUUUUGCCUCCAACUCUCUGCAGCGGCGCAAGAAGGGGCUCCUGCUGCGGCCAGUAGCACCGCUGCGCACCCGGCCACCCCUACUAAUCAGCCUGCCCCAAGAUUUCCGCCAGGUUUCCUCAGUCAUAGAUGUGGACCUACUGCCUGAGACCCAUCGACGGGUGCGGCUGCACAAGCAUGGUUCAGACCGCCCCUUGGGCUUCUACAUCAGAGAUGGCAUGAGUGUGCGUGUGGCUCCCCAGGGCCUGGAGCGGGUUCCAGGCAUCUUCAUAUCCCGCCUGGUACGUGGGGGCCUGGCUGAGAGUACAGGGCUGCUGGCAGUCAGUGAUGAGAUCCUUGAGGUCAAUGGCAUUGAGGUGGCUGGGAAGACCCUGGACCAAGUGACGGACAUGAUGGUGGCCAACAGCCAUAACCUCAUUGUCACUGUCAAGCCUGCCAACCAGCGCAAUAACGUGGUGCGUGGGGCAUCUGAGCGUCGCACAAGGCGUCCCUCUGCAGGGCCUGGGCCUGCUGAGCCUGACAGCGAUGAAGACAGCAGUGAUCUGGUCAUUGAGAACCGCCAUCCUCCCUGUUCCAAUGGGCUGUCUCAGGGACCCCCACACUGGGACCUGCACCCUGGCUGCCUACCUCCUGGUGCCCGCAGCUCUCUUCCCUCCCUGGAUGACCAGGAGCAGGCCCAUUCUGGCUGGGGGAGUGGCAUGCGAGGAGAUGGUGGUGGUUUCAGCCUCUGAGAGGCAAGGAUGCAGCCCCUUGCCACUCCAGGCUGCUGGGACAUGGCAGGGACUUCACAGUGGGAGUUUUUAGCUUGCCCACUAGGCUUACUCAGCAAGGGGAACAUUAAAGGUUUUCUAUAAAU